AAAGCUCAGUUCAUUCAAUUGACUGAUCAUCCCGCUCGACUGCUUCCUCCAGUUCUCGUCUCUUCAACUCACGAUUUCUCCCUUUCACUCACGACAGUACCAGGCUCAAACCAACAAACCACUAGCACAACAGAAGUACGGAUACAAGCAGUCAAAAUGGGCAAGCCAAUUGUUCUCCAGCUCGGCGACGACAUCAAGUGGAACCAUGACCUCUACAAGGAAUUCACUUCAAAGUUCGACAUCCGCCGGUCAUACAGCAUGCCGCGCGCCGAGUUCAUCCAAGCACUAAAGGACAAGAAGUUUGGCGACUUCUUCGCCAUCUACCGCCCCUUCUGGAACACGGGAGGCGAGAUGGGCAAUUGGGACAAGGAAUUGAUCUCGCUUCUGCCCUCUUCAUGCAAGGUGUACGCCAGCGCCGGCGCCGGUUUUGACUGGGUUGACACAGAGACUCUCGCGAGCAGAGAGUUCUACUGCACAGGCAUCAUCUACUGCAACGCCGCCGCAGCAUGCACAGAAUCCGUCGCCGACGGCGCAAUCUGGCUCAUCCUCUCCACCUUCCGCCUCUUCUCCUGGUCCUCCGCCGCCGCCCGCUCAGGCGACCCAGACCAAUUCGUCGACGCCAACAAGAACCUCGGCGCCGUCUCGCGCAACCCCAACGGCUUCAGCCUGGGCAUCAUCGGCUUCGGCAAGAUUGGUCGCCGCAUCGCCGAAAAGGCCCACAAGUCCUUCGACAUGAAGAUCCUCUACAACGACGUCGUCCGCAUGCCUGCCGAUCUUGAAAAGUCUUCCAACGCGACCUACAUCAAGGACAUGAACGAGCUGCUCGCCACGGCCGACUGCGUGUUGACGGCGACGCCUUUUGCGGGCAAGACGCUCCUGGACGCUGCUGCGAUUGCCAAGAUGAAGAAGGGCGCCAAGCUCAUUAACAUUGCGCGUGGAAAGCUCAUUGAGGAGGAGCCGCUUGUUGCCGCGCUCAAGAGCGGACACCUCUCGGCUGUUGGCUUGGACGUGCACUACAAUGAGCCUCAUGUGAACAAGGAGCUAAUUAAGAUGAGGAACGUCGAGGUUCUGUCGCACAACGCCGGUGCUUCCCUGGAUGCCCACAUGGGUUUCGAGAGGCUUGGUAUGGAGAACAUUCUCUCCUUUGCGAGCACCGGCAAGGCCGUCACGCCUGUCAAUGCCCAUCUGAUCAAUAAGAGCCGUCUGUAA